AAAUUUGUGUUUGCUGAAAAUUAAGACUGUUUGUCGAGUUAAGAAUUUAUGCAUUUCUAUUCGACAGAAAUUGGUAUUGUUUAUAACUGUGCUGAUUGUAAAUAUUGGUUAUUCUAUACUGACGAUGACGAAGUUAGUUUCAUCAUUUCAGCCGCAAGUGCAUAUUAAUAAAACGUCAAAGGAAUUAUUUAUCAAAAAUAUUAUUUACAUAACCUUAACUAGCCAAGGCUAAACAACAACACAACAAUAAUUAAUUGUGGAUGGAUUAAAAUGAUUUAACUACCUAGAUUAUGAGAAAUGACUGCUGACACGGAGAAACCUUCUGUCAGCAAGAACACGUCGUGUCUCGUUUGUGAUGCUAGUGUUGGCGUGUCCACAAGGAACAGCUGUCCGAUAUUUCAACAGCAUGUGACAACGUCCGACAAGCCUGUCUAUAAAAUCAUUGAAUUAGUUUUGGAUCUAGAAGUUCAAGAGAAUUUAGUCCAUAGUGUAGUUGUGUGUAAAAAGUGUUACAAGCUCCUUAAUGAAGUAGAUGAACUGCAAGAGAGAAUUACAGAAAUUCAGUUGGAGGUUAAGGGCAACUACAUCAAAACUGUGAGGAAAUAUGAUGGUACCUUACCUCCUGAUGAGGCCGUGAACGAGGAAAAAUCAGUGAUUGAAACUUCCAGAAUAAAACAGGGGCCGGGAAGACCGAGGUUGAAAAAAAGUCCAGAAAUGAAGCCUCCUCUUGCUGAAGUGUGUGGGGAGAGUUCGGCCAGCAAUGAUGAUGUCACCAUCGUCUUCAGCGACAAUCAGAAGGAGAACAAAAGUGGCAAUAGUAUUGAGUUGGGCCAACUUGAAGGUGAUAAGGAGACAGAAGAGGGCGAUGAUGAUGAUGAUGAUGACACGGGAGAUGUUGGUGAUGCUGACGAUGAUGAAGACUACAUUCCCACAUUGGCUGAGCUCGGGAGUCUAUCUCGAACGGAGUCUGGAGAUGUACAGAUUAAGGUGGAGGUUAUGGAAGAAGAUUUAACCGACAAAGUUCUAGGAAAGAAAGGCCUUUUAAGAAAAAAGAAAGGAUCCCCAUCAAAAGGUGAAAUGCCUGCUUUGAUACCUGCUAUGGUGGUAAGCAGAGACGCUGCAGUCUACACCUGCCUCGUUUGUUCAGCAGAAGAGAAGUUCAUAGCAGAUGCCAAAGGCAUCACCCACCAUCUAAAGGAGUCCCACAACUUGAGAUUGUACAUCUGUGACAUUUGUGGACAGGAGUUUUUUAAACGCAACGAACUCUCUGCUCAUUUAGACGAACACACUAACAUCGAAGACAGAGAAUACCAGUGCGAAGUUUGUCAUAGGAUAUUUUCUAAUUUAAGACUUUUCCGAGUGCAUAAAAGGUUACAUUACCCUCAAGUGAAAAACUGGACGUGUGAUCAGUGCGGGAAAAGAUAUCUGUCACGUAACAUGCUGGAGGAACAUAUGAAUGUUCACACUGGCAACAGGCCCUACAUCUGCUCCCAGUGUGGGAAGGACUUUGCCUCCAAGUACACUUUCAAGGCCCAUGAGAAGACCCACUUGGAGCGGCCAAGACCGUUUGUUUGCAACAAAUGCAACAAAUCAUUCCUGACCCAAGCUAACCUACAGCAACAUGAGCGAACCCACAGUCCGACGAGGAACUUUGUCUGCCAGAUUUGUGGUAAGGGGUUCAGCACGUCUCGUAACCUAGAGGUCCAUUCAGUGAUACACACAGGCUACAAGUCUUUCAUCUGCCGCAUGUGUGGCAAAGCGUUUGCACGUAAAGCUGAGAUCCGGGAUCAUGAGCGAACACACACUGGCGAGAAACCUUACCAGUGUGAGUUCUGCGGUGCAACCUUCAGUCAAAGAAGCAAUCUUCAGUCUCACAAGCGAGCAACCCACUACGAUGACAAGCGGUACAAGUGUAUGGAGUGUGGUAAGGGGUUCAAGCGACGCCGGCUGCUAGACUACCACAUGAAAGCGGCGCACACCGGUGAGCGGCCAUACAAGUGUAACGUCUGCGCCGCCACAUUCAUCUACCCUGAACACUUCAAGAAGCACCGACGCAUACACACUGGCGAAAAACCUUUCCUGUGCGAGGUUUGUGGCAAGGCAUUUAACAGCCGAGACAACCGCAAUGCCCAUCGGUUUGUACAUAGUGACAAGAAGCCUUACGAAUGUUUGGUCUGUGGCAUGGGCUUCAUGAGAAAACCUCUUCUGUACAACCACAUGCAGACUCAGGGUCACUUGAACGACACAAUAGUCGUGAACCAGCCGCGGCUGACAAAUACUGAAGAAGACAACAUGGUUUUGGCGCAAAACACGGCUGAGGCCAUGGAGAUGGCGUUUGUCACUGACAGCGAUGGUAACACCAAGCUCAUGCCUGCCGACUCUGUGGAGAGGUUUCAGGAGAUGGACCACAACAAUCAGGAUACCAAGAUGUACAUAACUGAACUGAAGGAGCAUGUGAUCCUGAAGGAGAGAGAUGAUGGUGGAAUGGUGGAGACUGAUGAGAUCGUAGAGGCUACAGAGUACGAUGAGACUGUGCAGCACCUCAUCAUUGAUGGCCAGGUUCAUUUUGCCAAUCCUGGAGGCAUUGAGACUCUAGAUGGUGAAGCUACGGAGAUUGCUGAUGUGACUGAAAUAACAACUCUAGAGGACGGUACGAGACACCUGGUGGUUCCAUCCUCUAGACACGGCUACACUGAGCAAACUGCCACUGUACAAACAGAAGGGGGGACUGUUCAGCUGGUACAGAUACGCAUCCCAACAGAAGGAGAAGCCCAAGCUCAUUGGAUCAACAUUCUCCAAUCUCCUGACCAAUAAUUCAACUCGUAUAAUCGCUGACUGUAUUCAUUUUACUACUGGAUUGUAGCUUUUAUAAUUGAACGUACAUUUAUGAGUUAGGCAGAUUGAUUUAGUUACUUGUAAACUUUUUUUACUGUGUUUCUUUAGUAAUUCGAGUAUGAUUUUAGUGGACAACUAAGUACAUGCUAUUCCAACAGUAGUUAGUAGGUUUUUAGUAGAUUAGAUAUAUUUUGACUGUUACACAAUUGCUAAGCAUUGGUUUUAAAUAGUGCAUUUUAACAAAUUAUGUAGAUAUGUUCAUGUUGUUUUGUAUUGCAUACAAAGAAUAGCCUAUUAGUUUAAGUUUAGUUUAUGAUCGAUACCACAACACUUGAUAUUAAUUUAUGUUUCGCUAUUCCAUUACUAAUUUAUCUCCUAGUGCUAGACUUACUUUUGAAAGUUUUGGUACUAAUGAAACUCCAUGCUUUAAACACUUGAAUUUUUAGAGAGUAUUUUUAUUGUAAAAUCAUGUUUUGUUAAAAUGGUCGUAUUUGGAGUAUUUUUAAAGUUCAAUUAGUUUACUAAAAGAGCGUGUAAAAUUUAGGGAACAUAACUUAUUACUGGUCAUUACUGAAUCCUUCAUUUAUAUUUAUAUAUAGAUAUAUAUAUAUAUAUAUAAUUAUGUAUAUAAAUAAAUGUAAUUAUAAAGAAACUAAAUUUGUUUGUGUAUCGUUGGAUGAUUAAGCUCUCUCAUGGUUGGGGGGAGAGGGGUUUUAGUUAGUUGUACCACUUACCCUUUGUAGUUCCUCUGUGAAGCAUCUUGCCGACUUGAUUGUUGGAUGAAAAUUAAAACAGCUAGUACAGUAGUAAUAAUUAAUUAUCACCUUGUCUUAAUUGUUGAGGCGAUUGUUUAGUUUUUUCUUUAGCAACUAGUUAUUCAAGCAUCUAAGACGGAACAUAAUUGAAUCACACCAGUAUAACAUUGUUAUCAUUAUUUCUUGUUUAUUUCCAGUUGCACAAAGAGAGAAUUAGUAUUACUUUUUCCCCAAUCUGUUAUUUUAUACUGUACUUGUAAUUCCUGAAGUGUGUGAAUAGUAGGUUUUUAAAACGUUCUAGGAGUGAAAUAUGCGACUGAAAAUGUAUAUUUUGUAUUGGUUUAUAAUUGAAAAACAAAUUUCAAAUAUGUAAACUUUUAAAUGUUAAUGUGUAAAUAUAAAUUUAUCGAGGAA